CCGACUCCUGAAGAGACACGGGCGCCUGUCAUCCGUUAACCACCCGAGCAUCUCUGGCGUCCAAACGCAGUUUCUAACCAGAACAGUCAUUUGACUCAUCGUUUGAGUGGUAUAUAAUGCCACAAGGUUUCUUCGUGGUCGCAUCGUCUGAUAUUGUAAAACUUUAAAUGCUAUUGUUAUGACCAUCUGAAAGGUUCUUGCGGCAUUUAUAAGUGCUAACUGAAGCUUAUAUGAAACAUUUUUGUCUGAAAUCUCUCGGAGCCAUCUCGCUCUAAAAAACUCGGGGAUUGUAAGACUUCCAUGUCGGCGAUGUUGUUUUCCAUCGUAAUGGAGACCUGAGACAAGGGGUCAGUAGCUAGUUAAGAAUUGGCGUGGAUCGUUUGCAGAUCUUUAAAAAAGAUCAAACUUUUAUCACAUAGCCUAUGACACGGAUUAUUAAAGAUGAGACGCUUAUUUUGACUAUCACAGUGGGAUAAAGUACAGCGCAUCAUCACCGCACCUUCAGGAUGUUCCGGCGAGGCUGUGGUCUGGAGUUUCUCCUGGUGCUGUGUGGUUUAGAGUUGACCCAGGCUUGUCCUCGUCACUGCAUCUGCUACGACUCUCCCAGCACGGUGAGCUGCCAGGCUCACAACUUCCUGGUGGUUCCAGAGGGAAUCCCAGCCCAGAGUGAGCGCGUCUUUCUGCAAAACAACAAGAUCCAGCGACUGCUACAGGGCCAUUUCAGCCCCACCACAGUCAUGCUUUGGCUCUACUCCAACAAUAUCUCAUACAUCCAGCCCUCCACAUUCAUGGGGUUCACCCGGCUGGAGGAGCUCGAUCUGGGGGACAACAAACACCUCCGCUCUCUGGCUUCUGACACUUUUCAGGGCCUGACCAGACUCCAUGCUCUGCACCUCUACCACUGUGGCCUAAUCACUCUGCCUGCUGGCUUGUUUGAGGGGCUGCACAACCUGCAGUACCUCUAUUUACAGAACAACCAGUUGGAGUUUCUUGAGGAUGACAUGUUCAUUGAUCUUCUGAAUCUGAGCCAUUUAUUUCUGCAUGGAAAUCGGUUGUGGAGUCUCCACCAGAACACUUUCCGUGGCCUGGGUGCCCUCGAUCGAUUGCUGCUCCAUCAAAACCGACUCCAGUGGGUUCACAAACAGGCUUUCCACGACCUGCGUCGCCUGACGACUCUCUACCUGUUUAACAACUCCUUACCUGAACUUCCAGCUGAAAGCUUGGCUCAGCUGCCAGCACUGGAGUACCUACGUCUCAACGACAACCCUUGGGAGUGUGACUGCAAGGCCGUGCCGCUCUGGGAUUGGCUGCGGCGCUUCCGUGGCUCCACCUCCUCGUUAAUAUGCGUGGCUCCGCCAGAGCUGGCUGGGAAGGAUCUGAAAAGGUUGACGAAAGAAGAGCUGCCUUCCUGUACAGGCUCAGAGUCGCUCCACCAGAGCAAAUCCAGCCAGGGGGACGUGGGAGUGUCGUUGAAGAAAGAUCAUCAUCAUCGAUCACGCAAUCAUCAUCAUCCUCACCUGCCACAUCAGGAUCAAUACUACCCCACCUCCCCAUCGCCGCUCCCUCGACCACCCAAGCCGGGACGCAACAGGAACUGCACGACGCAUCGAAGUCGCAAGGGCAAUGCUCAGAACGAGGUGUAUAACCUAACAGAGUUAGCCAACAAGGAAUCAGACGAAAAAUCUGACCCAUCAAAACCAAGACGAAAGAACAAAUGCAUCCCACGGACUUCGGUGGGUGCCCCUAGUGGCGUGCAAAGAGCGAACAGCAGGGCGGUGUCCCUCUGGUUACCUUGUUUCAUCAUCCCUCUUUGCUUAUUGGUGUGUCUCACUGCCCUUAUUUUCCGCUGAGCCAUGUAGAAGCGUCUACUAAUGGUUUUACAGAAUAAACUUAGCCCUCUGUCUACUCUGGCUCCUACACUUCAGUGUACGAAUGUGUGUGUGCGUUUGUGUGUACAUGUGUACGAUAGUGAGCCCCUUUCGUGGGACAGAGGACUUGUGCGAAGUUGCAGGCCUGGAAUUAAACUGGAGAUGGGAAGAAACUCUGGGAUUUGUGGGCGAGAGAUGGAGAGACGGGACUACUCCUCCAUCAUCACCAUUUCCAGUUGCUCCUGUUAGACCAGGGCAUAUUCAAUAACAAAAAAAACCCAUCUGCAUUUGUUAACUACAUUCAGUUGUGUAUCACACCUCUGCAGAAUAAUUAGCAGCUCAUUGUGUUCAAGCUCACCUCCAUUAAAACCUCCGAAUCCCUGUCUUAACCUUCAACCUGCACACAGGCUGCAGCCCAGCAGGGGGUAAGAGUGUGAAUGAAAUACAUAAACCAACCAUUUACACAAAUGUACAAAGGGGCUGCUUUCCUAACCUGUAAGCAUCUCAGCGGUUUCUAUGGGAGGGAUGUUGUUAACACCUUUAGCACCUGACAACAUAAAAAUGAAAGCCAAGCACACAAGAGAGCAAUUGGGUUAGUUAUGAGGUUUUUUGUUGUUGUUGUUUAAAGCUGGUUCACACAGCCCCAAUAAAUGCUAACAGGGUUGAUCCAACAAAGCCAGAAGUUGCUGUUUGCUGUCACUGUGUGGAUUAACAAUCAAAUUCUACUUUUCUAAAGCUGCUAUGUUGGCGAGGUCAGUAAAGAAAAAGUAGAGUUUAUGAAGGAUUAUGGGAUGGCUCUGGGCUUGUGUCUGUUCUUAUUCAUUGAUUGUGCCCUUAAGAUAGUAUUUUACAUAAAAACUGGAAGGCAAAAGUUAUUAAGACAUGAAAAGGUCAAGUGGAGCUCAUGCAAAAAGAAUCAUGCAUUAUCUGUUUCUCAGCUGCAAUAAUGUGCUGACCUAGAAGGCACACAACACCAACACUACAUUAAUAGCUGUACACAGCACAGUUUAGGAAAAUAAAACAGGAAAUUUCACAAAGGAAGAAACACAGCUGUUCAGUCACAGACGUCGAGUCGAACCUGGAAUGUUAAUUUGCCAUAGAUUCCCUCAGGAAGUUCUUAAGGUUUUUUUUUUUCUUUUUCUUUUUCUUUUUCUUUUUUUUGCGAUUUUUGAUUUAAACCACUAUGGAGACAG